AUGGCAGGCAAGCGCUCCUUUUCCCCCUUCCUACCGGUACCUACCGGUAUCGCCUCCGGUCCCUUGCGACAUGUCAAGCCAUCUAUCGGAAACCACUACACCACGCAGUACACAUCUGCUCCCUUUCAUAACACCCUCGAGCACCGUCCGCACGCCCUGUCGGAUUCCAGGUCUGGGUUCAAGUCGCAGUCGCAUUCGCAGUCGCAGUCGCAGCCCAGCGCACAACCCCGAGCUGCCUACAAUAUGGCCGGCGCGCAGCAUUACAACUUCCCUCCUCCCCCUCCACCACCCGGCCCUCCUCAUUCAAACCAUCCGCAGUACGGAUACGCGCAGCAACAGCCCCAACCGCAGUACCAACACGCUCCCCGGGGCGGUGGCCCUCCGCGUGGAGGCAGAGGAGGCAUUGCAGGUGGUAGAGGAGAUUUCCACGGCAAUCAGCCUUACAACCCUCAACAGCCAAACGGAGGCUACAAUCCCCAACCACAAGGCCCUCCACAGAACCACGGUCCGCCUUCGGGGUACAACGGUCAGAAUGGCCCGCAACCUGCUCCGUACAUAGGCCCUCAAAAUCCCGGUCCCCAGGGCCAGCAACCCGCCCCCCAAGGAGGUGGCUAUAACGGUCCUUCAUGGCAGCAAAACAACCAGCAUGCCCAGCACCACGGUCCCCAACAGCAUGGUCCUCCUCAACACCAACCCCACACGCAACCACCACCGAUGCAACACGCUUCUCAACCUGCUGUCCUGCAACCCCAAAAUUACCACCCAAACUACGCUCCUCAAGUAUACCAGUCCCAGCCGCAGCAGCAGCCACAGUAUGGCCCGCAACAACCAGCUCCUCAGCCCUUCCAGCUUGCACAGGCGCCUACUUACGGUCAAAAUGUGCCAAGCCACCAACCACCGCACAGUGCGCCUCCCCAGCAGUGGCAAGGUCCUCCUCAGCAUGCUAGACCCCCUUUCAAUAAUAACAAUCGUGGUCGUGGUGGCUUUCAGAAUGGUCGUGGCGGCCAUGAAGCACCUCUCAUGGGUCCACCAAUCCGUAUGGGUUUUGACAAUGAUAGAGGAGGUCACAUGGCUCAAGCGGGCCCUCCCUUCCAACCGUACCCAAGUCAUUCCCCACCUGCUUCGUUUCCUCAGCCGCAUUAUCAGCCUUAUCCCAAUCAAGAUUUCUCUCAUGGAGGACAGCGUCCACCCCUUGACCCCAAUCCGUUCAACUCGGGCCCUAAUCGGGGUAGAGGCAAUUCAAACUUCAAGGGCAGAGGUGGCCGCGAUGGUCGCGAUCGUAGUGACCGUGGUAACAAUUCUGAGCAUUUUCGCGGUCGUGGCGACAGCCGCAAUUCUCAUGGCAAUCAUGGUGGCAACCACCGAAACACUUCUGACCAUCACCAUAAGUCUGCAGGUGCAGAAAGCAAUGGCAAUCUCCAUGGCAAGAAGAAGAAGAAGCGUCGCACAAAUACCCUCGGUCUGACUCCCAAUGGUGUCGACCACGAGGAUAGCGAGGAUGAGAUUGAUGACGCCGAUGAGGAAGCUCGGCUUGUCACUUUACUCGGUCCAGACACCCCACAGCUCCCAACUGACUUGGAAGAAUGGCUCGCUGAGCGACGAGCAAAGUUUCCUACGAAAGCUCGUAGAGAGGCUGCCGCAGAAGCUCUUCGUCAACGACGUGAGCAACAGCGUGAGGCCAGACAAAAGAACCACCACGAGAAGUCCGCCAAGAAAGAGGAGGGCGAGUCGAAGCUCGAGAAGGCACAAAAGAAGGCCGAGAAGCUCAGACUCGAACUCGAGAAAGCUGAACGCAAGAUUCAGGAAUCCAUGCAAGGCAGCUCCAAGCGCAAGCGUGAGAAUGGCGAUGAGGGAGACGACGAUCGUCAAGGCAGCGAUGAAGAUUCCGAUGAUACUUCUGGCACUGAGUCCGAAGGCUCAAAGCCCGAGGCUGUUUCAUCUCGUCAUCACGCUCCUUAUCGUGUGUCACAACCAACGAAGGCGCAACUUCAGCGACACUGCAAGUACUUCUCGACUGGUGGUACCUGCGGUAAGAAGGGCAAGUGUCGCUUCGUUCAUGACCAGGAGAUCCGCAGCCAGGCAUUGAGAGACAAGGAGGCCAAUGGAGGCAAGAUGACUUUGGCCCAGCGACUCAUCCUAAACGACACUGCUAAGGACGACCUUACCAUCUUGAAGUCUAUCAAGUACCUCAAGGAGAAAGGAUUGAUGUCUGAGCAACUCACCGGUAGUACACCACGCCACGAUGACUAUAAGAAAGAAGAGGAUGGGUACGCCGAGAAGUUCCACUACGGAGACAACUGA